AUGUUCCUGACCCAUCUCCUUAGACAUGAUUUAACAAGGAAAUCUCGCAGGAACCAUGCCCUGACUGUUCAGCAGCAGGUGCUGUCAACAUUGAGGUUCCUGGCAAGUGGAAGUUUCCUUCAAAUUGUUGGAGACACUACAGGUCUGGAUAAAAGCACCGUAUCCAGGUGCGUCCAUAAAGUGUGUGGUAAGUUGGCUUGUUAUGCUAGCCAAGCUAUAAAGUGGCCCACCACAGAGGAGUGCCAGAAGGGGAAGAGGAAAUGUUUCGCCAUCGCCGGGUUUCCCUCCAUAAUAGGAGCAGUGGACGGAACACAUAUCCGUAUACAGGCACCACACACUGACGAGCAAUCCUAUGUAAACAGGAAGGGCUACCACAGCAUCAAUGUGCAGGGUGUUCGUGAUGCUGACGGAAAAUUCUUGGCCAUCAAUGCCAGUUGGCCAGGGUGCACACAUGAUGUCCAUAUUUUCAGAACUUCUCAGGUUUGUCAGCAUAUGGAAACGCACCAGAAUUUGGAAAACGUGCUAUUGGGUGAUUCUGGCUACCCAUGCCGACCAUUUCUGUUGACGCCAUAUUUGAAUCCCAAUUGUCCUGCACAAAGAAACUAUAACUAUGCACAUGGCAGGACCAGAAGUGUCAUCGAAAGGACAUUUGGGAGGUGGAAGAGACGCUUCCACAUCCUUCACUCGGAGAUACGCAUGCAGCCAGAACGGGUCGUCACCCUUAUCAUGGCAUGUGCAGUGCUUCACAACAUUGCCAUGUCCAUGAGGGAGCCACUCAUUGAUGGGGAGGAAGACAAUGCUGUUGAUGAGGUAGAGGGUGAUGCUGCCUACAAUGGACCGCAGGACGGACAAGCUGUUAGAGAACAUGUCACCCGUGCAUACUUCACCAGGUAG